AUGCUCCGCGCUGCUUUAUUACUGUGUUUGUUUGCCGGUGUCUUUGCCGAGACUGUUCAUUGGCAAUGGCGUGAAUUGGUCUGUAAAAGCAAGGACGAGAAGAAUAACAAAGAGGCCUCGGAUUGUGAAGUUCUCCUCAAAGAGACAGAAAAUGACCAGAAUGGAAGAAAAGUGCCUUUGAACACUUGCUUUGAUGAAGAGACUCAAAUGGGCAACCCCGACGUUACUGUAACAUUCUCUGCCCCGGUGCUGCGACCGCGUACCGUAUCACAAGGUAUCCUCAGAACCACAGAGAAUGUUUCACACAUUUGA